AGUAGCUGUCGGUAGUAGGUUCGUGUAAGAAGUGUAAUCUUCGUUACAUCGAUAAGAGGAGACGCGAUACCGUCGGUCGAGCCGAGGUCUCUUACGAGAGCCGAGUACUCCCCCGAAGCAGCAACUUGCUCCUCCUCGUUAGCUCGUCGUUGUCCAAUAUAUAAGUGAACCGUCGAUUGACAGUACGUACAGUCUACGUUUUGCCGUGUUUCUCUCGUUCAUGCGGAUUUACGCGCGCUCACAUUGUAACGUUCACGCGACUAUUUGAUCGGUCGCUCGCGGCGGUUUUCUUCGACGGGCCGAAACAGUUUUUCGAUUCUCGUCUAUGAUCCUCGAGUUCCAUCGAUUCAACUCCAUUUGUAUACGUAAGCUCGACGUACGCGGAAACGACUACGCUCGACGUUAAAAUUCUUUGGAGAAAUAAAAAUGGGUGUCCUUCGAGUGGCCAAUCCUCGUCAAUUCGCAAGAUUAUCUCCUUCGAUCGAUCUUUCUGUUUCUUUCUUCGCCUUUCUUAUUUUUAUUUUCACGGUAGCAUCGAACGUACAAGCAGGUCUCUCGAUCAAACCAGAAACGAUCCUUUUGAACGUUUUCACGCGACCCUUUAAGCCUACCAAAUGGAGUACCGACGAGUGUCAGCGAGACAGCGCCAUCUACUUGGAGGAACUCGCGCGUUAUACACCGUGGGCUUUGAAGAUGUACGACGCCUCUGUCAAAAUCCCAUCCGGUAUCAUUACUGGAAAUUAUAAACAGUUGGGCAAUUACGACGAAUGUCUGCAGGUUGAGAGCGAUCACGGGAUUUCCGGUCAGUCUUGUAGUGCCACCAUACAAUUCGAAGUAGCCGAGGAUAAUGGUGCAUCCAGAGAAUUAGACCUCGGUGACUUGCUCGUCAACGUCGCCGUCGCAUCCAAUGCAACGAAAUGGCGCUCGGGCAAUACGAUCAUUUACGAAUGGAUGUGGUGCGUACCAUCGAGUUGCAAUCAUUCGGAGGUACAAGAGUUCUUGGAAAUCACAUUGGAUCCUUUAAAAGUCGAAGGUCGCGUCGAUUUCGUGAUAAACGUUCCAAUCAAGUCUUGUCGUACUUUGAAAACCGAACGAACAACGUUCGAUCCAUCCGACUGGAUUUACAUAUCGAUUCUCGUUAUCUUUUCGUUGAUCAUUAUCGCUAGCACAACUUUCGAUAUCGCACGUAGAGGACAUUCGAGUUCAUUGAAUCCAAAAGGUAAAAAAUAUAUUUUAUUCAGCAGCUUCUCCUUUUAUACGAAUUGGAAGAAUCUUUUCAAUACCGACAGACAUCAAGAUUCCGUCGCAUGUUUGGACGGAUUGCGUUUUCUAAGUAUAUGCUGGAUCAUUUACGGUCAUACUUAUUACAUGGAGGUCAUGGGUAUUAAUAUGGAUCUGACGCAAGUACCAAAGAUGCACGAAAGUUGGAGUAAGAUGUUGGUACUGAAUGGAAACAUGGUCACCGACACGUUUUUCCUUCUCAGCGGAGUUCUCCUUGCUUACACCGAAGUAAUAAAAAAGGAAAAAAGUUCUAGCUGGAAGUUGGACGUUAUAGGUCUUUACCUUCAUCGCUAUUCAAGGUUAACACCAGCGUACGCAAUGAUGAUCGGCUUUUAUGCUACUAUAUAUAGCAAAUUCGGAAGUGGUCCGCACUGGGACGUCUGGGUCGGUUCCAAUCGAGAUUAUUGCCGUGAUAAUUGGUGGAGCAAUCUUCUCUACGUUAACAACUACGUCAACGUUCCCGACAUGUGCAUGUCCCAAUCAUGGUAUCUGGCGACGGACAUGCAAUUGAUCUGGUUAUCCCCGAUCUUCCUUUACCCGAUGCUCAAGCCAGCUCGAAGAAUAUUCUUUUGGAUCGUCAUUGGUUUUGCCUUUGUACUAUCGAUGCUCCUACCAUUCGCUGUGACUUUUAUCUAUAGAUAUACAGCGACGAUGUUCUAUUACAAGGGACAAGAGGACAUGGCCAACGUAUUCUUGAACGUUUACACGAGAGUUUACACCAGAGCCGGGCCUUACAUCAUCGGCCUUGCACUUGGCUAUCUAUUGGCCAAAAGACGUUCUUACGAUCUUAAAUUACGUAUGCCCUAUAUAGUGUCCGGAUGGUUGAUCGCCAUUGCUGUAGGACUGUCUGCCGUCCUUGGAGCACGAGAGAUGUAUUUCGAUAAGCACCCCUACAACAGAUUGGAGGCUAGCUUCUACGCUGGCAUGCACAGACAAGCGUUCGCUCUUGCCGUCUCUUGGAUCAUAUUCUCAAGCGUCUAUGGAUAUGCAGGUCCGAUCGGAGAAUUCCUUUCCUGGCGGGGCUGGACACCUCUGAGCAGAUUGACUUACAGCGCUUACCUUUGCCAUUACGUCUUUCUAUUAUCCCGAGCCGGAAGUGUGCGCACCACCGGCGAUUUAACGUCGAUGAGCGUGAUGUACGCUUUCCUCGGUAAUCUAUCCUUCACGAUGGCGCUCUCCAUACUCUGGAGUCUUUCCUUCGAGAUACCCUUCAUGAUACUGGAUCGAACGUAUCUCUCUCGCAAGAGGAAAACGAAGGACGAUCGCGCGAAAGUGUUCGGUUCGACGGACUCGAAGAAGGAGAUUUACAGAACGACCGAGGAUUCCUCCUCGUCUACGGUGGCUGAGAUCUACAAGAACGUUACGAAUAGUGAAAAUAUUCGUUCGACCUGUGACUCGGAGGAGACCGUCGAUUAUUACGUGAUCGACGAAGAGGCAAGGAAUAAAGGAGUGAUCUCGUCCGAAGAUAGGACGAAAGAUGAAAACUGUGGUGAUUGCAUUUACGUUAUCGGUGCUUCCGAGCUCGACGACAACAGAAAUUCGCUCGACAGAUCUGACUUGGAGGAGGGACGAACUAGGACAGAACGGAUAUGAUCUCUUCCAAGUUUCUUCUAUAUUUAAUAUUUUUUAAUCCACGUUUCUUUUUAGUCGAUAAAACGUUGACGUCUAACGAGACCAAGGUCAAGAUACUACGUCCUCGUAACGUACCGCAUAACGAAUAGUCGCCUCUUUGUCGCACGAGUCUUACCGACAAGUAUGUCCUCUUUCACCGCGAUAUCUUAACAUCGACAGUCCAUCCCGGACUUAUCGUUCUAUCGAUAAAAUAAUCUAUAAGCAAUUCGUUCUCGCGUAUCGAUAAAUACAAAAAUCCGCGAUAAACCAAAAUCCUUCGACGAUAUGCCUUUAGGUUUGUAUCUACAGUACUCCGAGCGUCUCGUUAGUUUUAGCUAAUUAUCUCGCAUUCGGAUUAGACGAAGUAACAAACGUCAAGUGAUAAUCAUUUAAUCGUUUGCAUCUACCUCUUUUCCGCGUCGUAUACAGGAACAUUUUAGAGUAUGUACUUACUUACUUAUUUAGACGCACAGGAAACAGCCGAACGUAUUCGUGGCCCAUACAAAUGGGCCCGACAAAGAAUAUAAUACUUCCUUUAGUUUCUUUAAA